CGUUCUUUUCCCCCGCUUCAAUCUGGCCACCACAUCGCAUCGGCUGAAUUGCCGAGUCCACGAGACGCGCCUUGCAGUUCGCGACGCCACAGCGUUUUAUUUCGCCCACGCGGGUUCGUCGUUCUCGCCAAAGCGGCCUGGGACGACCUCUGAUGAACGCCUGGCUGACAAUGGAAGCAGCCAACAAGGCGAGUAACGGCAAGAGGCGCAAAAGCUCCUGGACCAGUGAAAAAGAAACGCGGCUUAUCGGUUUGUACCAGAACUACCGGCUCUUGUGGGACCACCGCCAUCAGGACUACUACAAGAGGGACCAACGCGAGCGCGCCAUGAGGGCCAUCGCCGAUGGCCUGGGCAACGAGUUUGACGUGGUGAAUGUGAAGGACAAGAUCAAGACACUGCGCGACUACUUCGUGAAGGAGAUGAAGAAGGAAGACGGCUCGCGUACGUCGGCGUGCUCCUACAUUUCCCGAUGGGAGCACUUCAAAUGCUGGGAGUUCCUGCGCGGCACCAUCAGCGUCGAUACAAGCUCGCAGCCGGCCAGCGCCGCCGCCAUGUCAUAUCCCGUGAGUGACGCACCAAUUUCUGAUAUAUGA